AAUGUUCUCUCUUAUACCUCUUGCAUAUGAAUUGAACAGUUUCUUCUCAUUCCUUGAAGGGCUCCCAGUUGAAAUUACUGACCCUCGUAGCAGUUGUCUCUUACAUCCUUGGAUUUCUCGGCCGACAAAUUUAAUUUUCGCGUGGAGGGCUUCAUAUAGAGAACAGCAAUGAAUACGGCUUGUAGAGCAAAUACAGAGUUACCCCACUGUGUGACGAAUCUGUCUAACCCGGGCUCGCUCAAGACUCGUAAAGGCAGUUCAUCUAAAGGAUUGUUGCCUUUCUUGCCCAGUAGUCGCAAGAAAGGAGUGCAAAACAUAACGGGGAGUAUGAAAAAUAGUGUCGUACUUUCGGCUUCAAGCAAUACUAAGAACCAUGUUCACACUGCUGGUGAAGAAGACAAAGGCGAGGCCCUUACGUACAAGGAUGCUGGCGUCGACAUUGAUGCUGGUUCAGAACUUGUUAGGAGGAUUGCAAAAAUGGCUCCUGGGAUUGGAGGUUUUGGAGGGCUCUUUCCUCUGGGAGAUUCUUAUCUAGUCGCUGGCACUGAUGGAGUUGGGACCAAACUUAAGCUAGCUUUCGAGACUGGAAUCCACGAUACUAUCGGCAUUGAUUUGGUUGCAAUGAGUGUUAAUGACAUUGUGACUUCUGGGGCAAAGCCUCUGUUUUUCCUUGAUUACUUUGCCACAAGCCGACUUGAUGUUGAUCUAGCAGAAAAGGUCAUCAAAGGCAUAGUUGAUGGUUGCCAACAAUCUGAUUGUGUUCUUCUCGGUGGAGAGACAGCUGAGAUGCCCGAUUUUUAUGCGGAAGGUGAGUAUGAUCUGAGCGGUUUUGCUGUCGGCAUAGUGAAAAAGGACUCAGUCAUUGAUGGGAAAAACAUAGAGGUCGGGGACAUCCUAAUAGGUCUUCCCUCAAGUGGGGUCCACUCGAAUGGUGGUCUCUCUUUGAAAGAAAAUUUACCCGGUUCGUCUGUUACGCUUGGUCAAGCUCUAAUGGCACCCACGGUUAUAUAUGUUAAGCAGGUUCUUGAUAUUAUCGGCAAAGGUGGGGUGAAAGGGAUUGCUCACAUCACAGGCGGUGGUUUUACCGAUAAUAUACCGCGUGUUUUUCCGAAGGGUCUCGGAGCCCUCAUAUACGAGGAUUCGUGGGCCGUUCCCCCUGUUUUCAAAUGGAUUCAAGAGGCUGGAAACAUAGAAGAUUCGGAAAUGAGGCGAACGUUUAAUAUGGGUAUUGGAAUGGUGUUGGUGGUGAAGGAAGAAGCCGCCUUACGAAUACUCGGUGACGACCUUUCGAAAAACUCAGCCUUUCGUAUAGGCGAGGUAGUAAGUGGUGAAGGUGUGAGGUAUCGAUAAUUCAUUUCGUGGUACAUGAAAAAUCUCAUAUUCUAAUAAUCGAGAAAUUUUGUUGAGUUCAUGGAAAAGUUGUGGAGUUUCAGGUCUUUUGCUACUUAUCCAUGUGGAACCUAGUGAGUACUUCAUUUUUGUUGUGUUGUGUGUGUGUGUUUGUGCUUCAUUUU